AUGAGCGAAUCAUUAGACAUUGAUAAUGCAAAGGCAAAGCUGAAACUGAUGUUCUCAUUCUGGGAGAAUGCAGAAAAUAAGAAUUUUCGUUUAAGUAAUGCAUUUUGUGUAUUGUCUGGAAAAUCGAGCAAAGAAGAAAAUGCAACGAUACAGGAACAGUUCCAGAUGUGGCUGAUGGGAUAUCAAUUGACUGAAACAUUUUUUCUUUUUCUAAAAAAGGAAAAAUUAAUCAUCCUUACAAGUGAUAAAAAGAAGAAAUUUUUGCAACCACUAUUGGAUAGCAUGGACAGUAUAGAAGUGAUGGAAAGGAGUAAUGAUAAUACAGAAAAUUUUAAUAAGAUAAAAAAGAUGAUAGAUAGUACAAAUACAGAUGAAAUAGCGAUAUUGAAAGAUAAAGAUGCAACGGGGAAUUUUUUUGAAAAUUGUUUUGAUUUUAUUAAAAAGUUAAACAAAUCUCAUAUUGAUGUAAAUAAUGAUUUGAAAUUGUUAUUAAAUUUCCGUUCUGAGUCAGAUAUGAAGAUACAGAAAAGUGGAAGUGAUAUUGCUUGUAUUAUUUUAAAGAAUAUUCUGAUAACUACUAUUGAAAAUGCUUUAGAUAGUGAAGAAUUUCAAAGUCACGACAAAAUAAAAGACAAAGCAUUAAAAUUUCAUGAAAAUAAAAAAUGUGUUCUAAAACUGAAAGAAAAAUUAAAAGUAGAUAUUGAUGAUAUAGAUGUUAUAUACAGCAAUGUCCAAAGUGGAAAUCAGUUCACGUUAAAUUACAAAAAUAGUAAUAAUAAAAAUUAUUUGUCACAGAAUGAAGGCACUAUACUCGUUGGUGUAGGUAUCAAAUACAAAGAAUUAUGUUCGAAUGUAAACAGAACUUUGUUACUCAAUGCAAAAACACAACAUAAAGAAUUGUAUAAUCUGACCUUGGCCAUCGAAAAAUAUAUCAUCAAGGAAUGUCUUAUUGUUAACACUACCUAUGCAGAUGUUUAUAAGAAAGCCUUAAAUUUUAUAAAAAAAAAUAAAAACGAUUAUAAUACUUUGAAUUCUAUCCAUAUUGAAGAUUACUUUGUGAAAUGCUUAGGACACGUAAUUGGAAUUGAAUUUAUGGAAAAAGAAUUCCUAAUAACAGAAAAUAAUACAACUGGAUUGAUACAGAAAAAUACAUCAUAUAAUUUAUCAGUUGGAUUUGAAAAUGUACCAGGGAAUGAUAAAAAUAAUUUUGCCAUAUGGAUUAGCGACACUGUAUGCAUUAAUGAUGAAGAGGAAGUAAAUAUCUUUACAGAUUCUAUUAGUAAAGAAAUUAACACAAUAUCAUACGAAUUAGAAGACAGUAAGAGUGACGAGGAGCAAGAGAAUAAUGUUAAAAGUGAAAAAAAAGAAUCAAGUGGAGAUUUAAGUAAAAAAAAAACAGGAAUUUCAGCAAGUAUUUUAAAUAACGCUGCUAGUGUAAUCGUGUCAGAUCGAUUAAGAAGAAGAAAUAAAAAUUCGAUAGCUCAUAAUAAUGAACAAGAAAUGGAAGAAUUAAACAAAAGACAAAAUGAGUUAAAAGAAGAAAAAAUUAAUGAAAUCAAAUUCCGAUUUUCAAAAGGAACUAGUGAUUAUAAAGAUCCAAAUAAAAAAAAUAUCAAAAAGUUAGAAGACUUAAAGGCAUAUAACGACGCUGAUUUGUUACCUAGAGAUCUAAGGCCAAAUAUCAUAUGUGUAGAUAAUAAACAUGAGUGUAUAUUACUACCAAUCAAUGGGGCUCACAUUCCAUUCCAUGUAUCUACUAUUAAAAAUUUAAGUUCUAAUUAUGAAGACAAUAAUGACAUUUUUGUUCUGCGUAUAAAUUUCCUAGUGCCAGGAAAUCAAGGAGUUUUAAAAGGAGAUUUUAACACAUUCCCCACUUUGCAAGAUAAAGAAAUAUACAUAAAAGAAUUAAUGUUCAAAUCAAAUGAUGAAAAACAUUUUCAAACAAUCGUUAAACAAGUUAAGGAAUUAAUAAAGCAUGUCAAACAGAAAGAAGUUGAAGCAGAUGUAAAUGAUCCAAAAAAUGCACAAGAAAAAUUAGUUUUAAAUAAAAGUGGAAGAAGAAUAAUUCUCAGAGAUCUUAUGACAAGACCAAAUAUAUUCACAGGAAGAAAAAUAUUAGGAACAUUAGAAUUACACACAAAUGGGGUUAGAUAUUCAGCUAAUUCACGUGGAACUACAGAAUAUAUAGAUAUACUUUUUGAUGAUAUUAAAUAUGCUUUUUAUCAACCCUCAGAUGGACAACUCAUCAUAUUAAUUCAUUUUCAUUUAAAAAGAUAUAUUAUGGUUGGAAAAAAAAAAACAUUGGAUGUUCAAUUUUAUUGUGAAGCAGGUACACAAAUUGAUGAUCUAGAUCGAGCUAAAGCAAGAAAUGUAUACGAUCCAGAUGAAAUGCAUGACGAAAUGAAAGAAAGAGAACAAAAAAAUAGAUUAAAUUUAAUAUUCAAAAAUUUCGUAGAACAAAUGCAAGAUAUUUCCAAAAUCGAAUUCGAAAUCCCAUACCCAGAACUUACAUUUUCAGGUGUUCCAAAUAAAAGUAAUGUUGAAAUAUUUGUAACAGCUAACACAAUUAAUCAUCUCGUAGAAUGGCCACCAUUUAUUUUAUCAGUUGAAGAUAUAGAAAUCGCCUCACUUGAAAGAAUACAUCAUGGACUCAGAAAUUUCGAUAUGAUAUUUGUCUUCAAAGAUUACACCAAACCAGUUAAAAGGAUAGAUGUAAUACCAACUGAAUACAUUGAUACUAUCAAAAAAUGGCUAACUAGGAUUGAUAUUGUAUACUAUGAGGGAAAGAAUAACCUACAGUGGGGAAAUAUUUUGAAGACCAUUUUAGCUGAUAUCGAUUCGUUUGUCAACUCCAAGGGAUUCGAUGGAUUUCUUGGUGACGAUGAGGAAGAGGAGGAACAAUCCGCUGAAGAUGAAGAUGAGGAUGACGAAUAUGAAGUGGAUGAAUCAGAGCUGAGUGCUGAAGAUGACAGCGAUUAUGACGACAGUGAAGAUGAAAGCUUGGCCACUGAAAGUGAUGGCGAAGGAGAAGUUGAAGAAGAUUCUGAGGAUGAAGGUCUCUCAUGGGAUGAACUAGAAGAAAGGGCUAAAAAGGACGAUAAAAAACGAUACGCCUACAAAAGUGAUGACGAUGAAGGAUACAAUAAGAGAAAGAAGAAGAAGAAGAAUUAA